CUUAUGAAUAGCCACUUCCGCUCAAAACGAAAGUAGAAAACACGUGAGAUUGAACAUAAAAAUGUCAAGAACAACAAUUUGCAAUUCUCAGUUGUACAAGUUGCUUACAUCCAACAAAUUCAUAUCAUUUAAACAGAUGUGUCACAGACGAUCUAAGAAAAAAAUGGCUUUCCAGAGCAAUUCCAAGAGUAAUACACAACAUGCCUUAAAUCACUUUGACAUGUAUUACAGUAGCUAUUAUAAAGAACUGUGGCCAUCUAUAAGAAUAUCUCUAUUAUCACAACAGAAAUAUUGUGCUUUAGUAAAUCACUGUGAUGAGGGCACUGCCUUCAAAGCAGAGUCAAAGUUAUCUGAUUUAGGUGCAGAGGACUUCAUACAAAGAGCUGUUGAUAUGUCAACUGAUUUAAAAGCAGCACAUUCACAAAGCAUUGAGACUGAUCGUUCACAUACUGAAAAGGACAAUGUUAUUGUUUCUGAUGAUUCUCAUGAAGAUAAUAUACAACCUUCUCAUAGAAGUGAUUCCAUUGUAUUUUCCAGUAACAAUGAUCCUAUAGAUGAAAAGAAUACAAGUUUAUAUGAUUUCAUGCCUACAAAUAAAGUUUAUACUCAGAGAGAAUUCCUACAUCAAGAACUUGCCAGACAGAAUACAUUUGAGGAUACAGACUUCCUUGUCAAUGUUAUUACAGAGGAUAUUCCUCGCAUACCUGACACACUCAAAGCGUACUGUUAUAAGAGAGGGAAUAUUGAUCUGUUUCCAGAACCUUCCAUCAGUAGGAGAAAUAGUAAACUAGGUUAUUACAUGAUGGAUGCUGCCUCCAUGUUACCAGUUAUUGCCCUUGAUGUACAAGAUAAUGAUAAUGUUCUAGACAUGUGUUCUGCUCCUGGUGGAAAGAUGUUGACAAUGUUACAAUAUCAACAUUCAGGCACAUUGCUUUGUAAUGAUUCAUCAAAAAGUAGACUACAGAGAUUGACAAGGACACUUCACUCCUAUGGCAACCAGACAAUGAUUGACAAGGUCACAGUUAAUCAAGAUGAUGGUUUGACCUUAAAUGAACCUAGUUAUGAUAAGGUAUUGGUAGAUGUCCCUUGUACAAAAGACAGACACUCUGCUUUGGAAGAUGAUAAUAAUAUAUUUAAACCAGGCAGAAUGAAAGAAAGACUUCAGAUACCUGCACUUCAAAAACAUUUACUGUUAUCUGGUAUAAUGUCAUGUGUACCAGGAGGAUCUGUUGUAUAUUCUACCUGUUCAUUAUCUCCAGGCCAGAAUGAUGGUGUCAUCCAGGCAACAUUAGAACAUUUAUGGAAGGAAACCAAUAUAGAUAUUAGUGUUGUUGACUUAAGUUAUAUGCAAACACUAUUUAAGGAUACAUUUAACUUUUAUCCUAGUUGCCGUUUUGGACAGUUAGUUCUACCAAAUCUGAGAGCAAAUUUUGGACCAAUGUUUAUAUGUAAAUUACACCGAACUAAAUAAAAGAUUUAAGUACUUCUGUAUUAUAUCCAAUGUAUUGAAAUUGCCAUAAUUUGAACGACACAUCCCUUUACCUAUUAGCAUCUGUCAGUCAGUAAACAGGAUAGAACACUCAUUUUUGGGGUGCU